ACCUGGGGAUCAAAGAAUCAAACCCACAAGACCCAGUACCCAGAGCAAGUUCCACCUGACUUUUGAUUUGAAACAGCUGAACCAAUAAAGAGAAACUUCUUAAUACCCAAUUCAAAGGUGACCUCGAACUCAUAAAGCAGGGCAAUGUCUCAACAGAGAUGGAGCCGUUUAAGAAACGGUCCAUCUACAAAGUACCAACCUUCAUUGCAGAUCUAAACAAGAAUGUGUACAGUCCUCAUGCAGUCUCAUUCGGCCCUUACCACCACGGUGAGCCUCCUUUGAAACCAAUGGAGUCUCACAAGAAGCGUUCUCUCCUCAUUUUCUUGAGAAUAGAGCAGAAGUUCAAGUUUCGCCAAAGUGGAAAAAGAGUUGAAAGAUUCAUAUGAUUCACUUGAUCCUAAGUGGCAAAGUGACAAAGAAGGGUUCUUGAAGCUGAUGAUUGUUGAUGGCCGUUUCCUGCUGAAAAUUUUCCGGGCAGCCAUUCAAACUCCGGCCGAUUACGACGCUGAGGAUCCGAUUUUCGGCAAUCACGGGAAGCUCCAUAUCAUGCCGUUUAUCAAGCGGGACAUGUUGGUUUUGGGGGAAGUGACCGACUGUUUUGGGGAAGUUUGCAGCCCACCAGUAGAUCCGCCCUUGAGAGGAACGCCUGGUACUGCGGGAGAACUGGUAGAUCCAAGCACAGCGAAUGCUGAUUUCAUCUCUAGCAACAAAUUCCAUCAAGCAAAUCGUGCAAUCAGAAAAUUUUCUAGCGUCAUCCUCACUGGAGGCGUAGGGAAACUUCUUAAUACCCAAUUCAAAGGUGACCUCGAACUCAUAAAGCAGGGCAAUGUCUCAACAGAGAUGGAGCCGUUUAAGAAACGGUCCAUCUACAAAGUACCAACCUUCAUUGCAGAUCUAAACAAGAAUGUGUACAGUCCUCAUGCAGUCUCAUUCGGCCCUUACCACCACGGUGAGCCUCCUUUGAAACCAAUGGAGUCUCACAAGAAGCGUUCUCUCCUCAUUUUCUUGAGAAUAGAGCAGAAGUUCAAGUUUCGCCAAAGUGGAAAAAGAGUUGAAAGAUUCAUAUGA